UUUCAUAGAGAGAUAAAGAGAGAAAAUCAAGGCAGAUUGAUGGAUCAAGGAUUGAGGUUUUUUCGCAAAAAAGAAGUCUGUUUUAGAUAGGCACGUAUAAACUGGCGCCCCUGUAUACUCAAAGAGAAAAGAUCAGUUCCAGUGCCGUAAAUUUCAACCAUUUUUUUAUUCCGGUGAAUAUAUACCGGAUCGACGAGAGAGUUGCUUGAGAUUUCUCUGGUCACUGAGGAGUAGGGUUGGGCAAAUAGAGAUGAGUUGGAUGCUAUGGUGGAGCUUAUCGCUAUCUGCAAGUGCAAUAGUCAUCAUGGCUCAUGGAGGCAGCAACGUUACGUACGAUUCAAGAUCUUUGGUCAUCAAUGGGAAACACAAAAUCAUUUUCUCUGGUUCGAUUCACUAUCCUCGUAGCACUCCUCAGAUGUGGCCAUAUUUAAUAUCCAAGGCCAGAGCAGGAGGUUUAGAUGCCAUCGACACUUACGUAUUUUGGAAUCUUCACGAACCACAACAAGGACAGCACGAUUUUAGUGGAAGAAAGGAUUUGGUGAGGUUCAUUAAAGAAGUUCAUGCGCAGGGACUCUAUGUGUGUCUUAGGAUCGGACCCUUCAUCGAGGGUGAAUGGACUUAUGGAGGUUUGCCAUUUUGGCUGCAUGAUGUACCAGGAAUCGUUUUUCGUUCUGACAACAAGCCAUUCAAGUAUCAUAUGGAAAGGUAUGCGAAGAUGAUAGUAAAAAUGUUGAAAGCAGAGAAGUUGUAUGCUUCACAAGGAGGGCCAAUUAUACUCUCACAGAUUGAAAAUGAAUAUGGAAAUGUUGAAGCAGCAUUCCAUGAGAAAGGGCCACCUUAUGUUAAGUGGGCAGCAAAGAUGGCUGUGGGGCUGCAUACUGGUGUUCCCUGGGUAAUGUGCAAGCAAGAUGAUGCUCCUGACCCGGUGAUAAAUGCAUGCAAUGGGUUGCGAUGUGGAGAAACAUUUUCAGGACCAAAUUCACCGAGGAAGCCUGCAAUAUGGACAGAGAACUGGACAAGUGUCUACCAAACAUAUGGUAAAGAAACUAGAUCGAGAUCUGCUGAAGACAUAGCAUUUCAUGCUGCACUAUUCAUUGCGAAGGGAGGAAGCUUUGUGAAUUAUUAUAUGUAUCAUGGAGGAACCAAUUUCGGAAGAACAGCUGCUGAGUAUGUACCUACAAGUUAUUAUGAUCAAGCCCCUCUUGAUGAGUAUGGUUUGUUGAGGCAACCAAAGCAUGGUCAUCUGAAGGAAUUACACGCUGCAAUAAAGCUAUGCAGGAAGCCUCUACUUUCCAGAAAAUGGAUAAAUUUCUCUCUGGGCCAACUGCAAGAAGCCUUUGCAUUCGAAAGAAAUUCAGACAACUGCGCUGCAUUUCUCGUGAACCAUGAUGGGAGAAGCAAUGCCACGGUCCAUUUCAAAGGGUCAUCGUAUGAAUUACCUCCAAAGUCAAUUAGCAUCCUACCAGACUGCAAAACCGUUGCCUUCAACACUGCCCAAGUAAGCACGCAAUAUGGUACAAGAUUGGCCACAAGAAGGCACAAAUUUGAUUCAAUUGAACAGUGGAAAGAAUAUAAAGAAUAUAUUCCUAGUUUUGAUAAAAGUUCUUUGAGAGCAGACAUGCUACUAGAGCACAUGAAUACAACCAAAGAUUCAUCCGAUUAUCUUUGGUACACUUUCAGGUUUCACCAAAAUUCCUCUGAUGCUCAUUCUGUACUCACGGUGAACUCCCUUGGACACAAUUUACAUGCAUUUGUCAAUGGAGAAUUUAUAGGAUCUGCCCAUGGAAGUCAUGACAAUAAAAGUUUCAUCCUGCAGAGGAUUCUUCCUCUAAAGCGUGGAACCAAUUAUGUUUCCUUACUCAGUGUGAUGACUGGAUUGCCGGAUGCGGGGGCAUAUCUCGAACGAAGAGUUGCUGGACUACGUCGUGUGACCAUUCAGCGCCAACACGAACUUCAUGAUUUUACUUCUUAUCUAUGGGGCUACAAGGUUGGGUUGUCAGGUGAGAAUAUCCAACUUCAUAGAAACAACGCAAGCGUUAAAGCUUACUGGAGUCGGUAUGCAAGCUCAUCUCAGCCACUCUCAUGGUACAAGAGUAUUUUUGAUGCACCUGUAGGAAAUGAUCCUGUUGCAUUGAACCUUGCAUCCAUGGGCAAGGGUGAAGCUUGGGUUAACGGCCGAAGCAUUGGCAGAUACUGGGUCUCAUUUCUUGACUCUGAUGGGAAUCCCUAUCAGACAUGGAACCAUAUACCUCGAUCUUUCCUCAAACCUUCAGGGAACCUAUUAGUUAUACUGGAAGAAGAAAGGGGAAACCCUCUCGGAAUUUCCUUAGGCACCAUGUCAAUUACGAAAGUAUGUGGUCACGUGUCCGUUUCACACCCACCGCCAGUGAUCUCAUGGCAAGGAGAAAACCAGAUUAACGGGACCAGAAAAAGGAAAUAUGGUAGGAGGCCCAAAGUUCAGCUCCGUUGUCCACGCGGAAGGAAGAUUUCAAGCGUUCUCUUCUCGAGCUUUGGAACUCCUUCGGGUGAUUGUGAAACUCAUGCCAUUGGAAGUUGCCAUGCAUCUAAUUCUCGAGCCACUGUAGAGAAGGCUUGUCUUGGUAAGGAAAGAUGUUCCAUUCCUGUGUCAACCAAGAACUUCAAAGGUGAUCCAUGUCCAGGCAUUGCAAAAUCUUUGAUGGUUGAUGCUAAGUGCGCUUAAGGAACACUUUAGUGUCACCUCUGUUACAGCUCCUCUGAGGAAAUCCACAGGUUAUUCAUCAAUAUACUGUUCAGAGUGUAAUUUUCAGUGGUUUAGAAUGAAUACUUGAUAGUUUCACCGUCAAAAUUUAAUUGUAUAAACUUGGAUUGUAUUCGUAAGAUAAAGUCUUAAAUCAUAAGUAGAGAAUAAA